CGUCCCCUCCGACACAAGCCCUGCUGCCAGAGGGGAUCACCAGUGCGGGGCGGAGAUGAAUUUGGCGAACUUGGUCACCCGACAGCGAGGAUGGUCACUUUGGGCCUUACGCGGGUCAACCACGCGUGCUCAUCGAGUGCCCGCCCGCAAAGGCCUGGAUCUGCAGGGGAUUUGAUGCUAGUUCAAAAAGUGAAGCGGGAGAUAUUCGGUGAAAAAUGAGGAAAUAAGCAUGAAAAAAAGAAUGGGGGAGGUUAGGGAGCUUUAAAGUGGAUAUUAAAGGUCAAACGCAUCGUUGUUUCGAUUUUCAAUGUGACUGACUGUCAGCUUGGAUUUCAGCCCAACAACAUCUUCCUUCCUUCUCACUUCAUUUUAUCCCGAUUUCUCAUCUCCGACGGUGCUCUCCCAUUCGUCCACACACGGCCUUUUCAUAUGGCAGUUCAAACAAGGGGACCUGAUGAGAAAACCCAAAAAUAAAUACACACAAUGAGCUCCCCAAAUUCUGUUGCUACCGCCAUUCUCGCAAACACCGGACAAUCACGGAACGACUACUACGGUGGUGGCCUCGGUAUAGAAACACCCUUGACAGGACGUUCAUUCCUUAGCGUUAGCAUCGGCAACACCACGGAAUCUAUGGCUUCAUCCAUCGUCAGCCCUCGAACUCGAGGUCGAUGGGACCGACGAAUCAGCGACGUCGAAUCCGGCAUGUACAGUCCUACAGCAGCAGCAGCAGCACCACCAGCUCCACCAUCAUCCUCAUGGCUCACAGACGACGACGAAGCCUCAGUCCGCUCAGGAAGACUCGACACCCGCCCCUUCCCAUCUUUCGGCCCAUCUUCGUCCAUAGCGCCUGACUCAUCCUUCUACAGCCAGAUUGGACGGUUUCAGGGUGUCCGGAACAGCGUCUCGCUUCCCCAACCAUGGCGAAGACGGAAAGAAUCUACGACUACGGGGUCUUACACCACGUCAACCGAUAGCGAUGAGGAUGAGGACGAGGACGAAGACGACGACGCGUCAACCAUUAGUGGUAGCCGGCAUGGAGGACAACGGCAACAAGAACAAGAACAAGACGCCGCCGCCACCUCCGCCGCCGUUGAUCUUUUCUCUCAGCACCAGUUCAUCAUGCCCAAGCCUGAUGAGACUACACCCCUAAUAGCAGCUGAUGAGGAAAACCUUUAUUCCUCAGCAGACGCAGGCGACGAUCCAUCUCGGACCACUUCUUCACCCUAUCAUCAUCGCUCACGCCUCUUCUUACGCCGCUUGAUUUUUGCUUGUUUGGCUGGGAUAGUGGUGGCUAGUGUUUUGGUGGUGGUUACGAUGAGGCCUCCGCCUGCGUCAAGUGAGGGGAGGGAAGAGUGAAGAUGACGACGAUCG